UUGCAACAAUAUUAAUUGAAUCAAUGUUAUUCUUUAUACCGAGAAUGAACUUUUUAAUUAUGAAAAGUGAUAUAUACCUGUUUUCUUGUGAAUUAUUGUAAACCUUGCUUCUGCCAGAAUGGAUACAAUAUUAAGGAUAAUACUUUGUUCCUGUGCACUGAUAGCUUCAGGUCAAGCCUCUCGCCUUAAAAAAUGUCGCUGUAUACCUGUUCAAUUGUUACGACAUGGAAAUGUGACACUAUCUGAUGGUAGACUCUGUGGUAGUGUGGCAAAAUACACAUGUGGCCCUGGCCUAGCACUAAUUGACCCCUCAAAAAACAAAAAGACAUGUGUAGAUAGAGUGUGGAUUCCUAGGGGUGCAAUCAGAUGCAAAUCGUUUGGACAAGCACCACCAGAUAUAAGAAAUGGAAUACUUCAUGAACAAGCAAUAGGAGAACAAAGAAUUGGUCCCCAGUCUCAGAGAUACUCAUACAAUGACUUUAUGCCCCUUGCAUGUACUUGUGGUUAUCCAAUACUUCCUGAAGGUGCAUCAGUGUAUCCAAAUAAGGACCACUAUAAAUGUGGAGAAAGGGUUUCUAUGGACUGUGGAAAAGCAGAUUCUAAGAGUUCUAUCUAUUGUUCAGGUCAAGGAUGGAACUGGAAUGAACAAGUGAACUGUUUACCAUCAAAGUGCAAAGGUUUCCAGUCUCUGUGUCAAAAUGGUGCACAUUGUACCAUUAAUGGGGAAACUAGUUAUCCAUAUUGUGAAUGCUUACCAGGAACAUAUGGCAUGUUUUGUGAAAGGAAAGGUCCAGGACGAGGCGAAGACAAUCACAACCUCCCUCCUUUGAGGCCUUUUCCACCAGCAGUGUAGACCUUGAUGUGAGGAAGCCCUUAUAAAUGAUAUUCACAUUCCUGGUAAAUGUGAUGUUCGCAAAUAUCAUUUCACUGGACUACCCAGCUAUGUUGUAUAUACUGUAAAUGAUUUGAAAUAUAUUUGGCAUUAUAUACAUAUAUUUGACAUUAUACACAUCAAUGAAAAACUUCCUAUUAAAAAGGUUCUGUGUGUAACUAAGGAACACUUGAGUAACUCAUUGCCCAUUUUGUCAUCCAUAAUCCAUAAUGGAAC